AUGAACAGUUGCCGCAAAACGACCAAAGAAAAUUUAAUGGAUAGUUCGUUUAGAAACGUCAGAAGAGAUCGCAAUUAUAAGAAGUGGGAUCGCAAUGUUGAUGGUGGCAACGAUGAUGUGGACCAUCUCAAGCCUAACAAGUAUACGAACAAUAACUUAUCCAGUGAGUUGAAAAAAGUAUUUGACAGAUCGCACUCAAGAAACGAACUGCACAGUUUUCAAAAAAAGUCUGUUCGUCAGAUAAACUUAAUGGAAGAAAUAAGUUGUCACCAACGCAGCCAGCGAAAAUCAGCUGGACGUCUACAGCAGCGUUCUUCAUGUCAAGCACGUAUUCGAAGAACACCGACCAGUGGAUAUUUCUGUCGGGACCAUGCAGCCCACGGCGAUUCAAAUUUCAUGCAACCUCAUGAGACGAGCAAGUUUAUUACAGCUGGUUUCAAUUCUAAAGCCAAUAAUGCACACACAGUUCAGCCUGCCUACAACAUCACGAACAGUCUAAGAUAUCGACUUUUAGACGGUUGCAUUAAAAAAUCCAGCAGUAGCUUUUGUGAUGUGCGUGAUGUACGAAAUAUAAAGCAAUAUGGCGAUGGUUAUGAAGACGAUGAAGAUAUUUUCGCUUCUGGAAACCUUGAUAGCAAUGCUCCAUUACCUGAAUAUCAUGUGGAGCCCACGGCUGAUACUGUUCUCCGAGUGGCCAACCGAAGUAUAAUUUGUAAAUCCUCCUCAGAUCUGCAGUAA